AUGGCGCGAUUGUUGCCACUUUUAGAGGAAGUUGGAGAUUCCAAGUCCAACUUUGUGGUUAUUUAUGACCUCCAAAGUGGGCAUCUCUUCCGAAAGUUCAAAAUUGCGGCCGCAACAACUGCGCUUGCCCUGUCGUCUGCGACUUUGUCGGUUGUCCAGGCACUGGACACAUGUCAGCUGGUGCUGUGGGAUAUCGUCUCAGGAAGCUGCAACUGGGUGGGCUCUUCUAAAGCACUCUUUACAAAGUACUGGAGGGUCCAGGUUGUCACCAACAAAUGCCGGAGGAAGUUUCUCAGGAUCAGAUGGACAGACAGAGUCACCAAUGAGGAACGUGCCAACGCCACUGGUAGUGCCCAAGAACGACCCAGAUCAGGUCGACCAAGAGCCACUAAUGCAAGGGAAGACCGAUUCAUUCAUAAGCAGGCUCCGCAGCCGAGAUCCGCUCCAGAAAAUCGCAUCCGGACGCGGCUGAGAGCGGCAACUCGUGUUAACAUUAGUUGUCAGACAGUACGAAGACGUCUUCAUGAGUUUGGAUUUAAUGCACGUCGACCAGCAGUCCGCCAGCGUCUCACCCCAGCACACAGGGCUGCUCGUCUUGCCUUUUGGCGACGCCAAGUAAGAUGGACACGUCAACAGUGGGCAAACGUUCUCUUCAGCGACGAGUCCCGGUUCUCUUUGCAUCACAAUGACGGCCGUAUCAGGGUUUGGAGGCGACCCGGAGAGCGGCUCCUCGAUGAAGCCGUCAGAGAAGUGAUGCCUUUUGGAGGUGGUUCCGUGAUGGUAUGGGGUGCUUUCAGUCUGAACCACAGAACACCUCUGUACCAAGUGCAAGGGAAUCUCACUGCAAUACGUUACCGAGAUGAGAUACUCCGUCCAUUAGCACUAUCUACUCUGCAGCAGAUGGGGCCACAUGCAGUGUACCAGGAUGACAACGCCCGACCUCAUAGAGCGUUGCUUGUCCAAAACUUCAUGCAGCAGGCUGGCAUCAACCGAAUGGACUGGCCGGCCCGCAGUCCGGACUUGAAUCCCAUAGAAAACCUCUGGGAUGAGCUGCAACGUCGAGUCAGAGACAAACACCCCCUACCAGGAGACGCGCAGCAACUGUUUCAAAUGCUGUAG